CUAAUUACGGAACUUUUAUACCUUUUAUUUUGUCUACCCUGUUUGUUACUGAUUUACUCGUAUGAAAAUUAUAAAUGUCGUCACUGUGUUAUCGAUUGACUUUCGUAGUUUAUAAUCUUACGACGUAUAUUACGCGUACGUGAGUGUUUAGUGUCAGUAUUUCAGUGUCGCUAGUCAGCAAUUGGUAAUUGAAAUAAAACGUGCCGAUAAGUAUUAAAAGAAAAACGGAAGCAUCGCAUUAAGCAUGUUCGGACAAUCUGGAAAUACAUCAUUUAGUGGUUUCAAUACAGCGACACAGUCUAGUCCGUUCGGGCAAUCAGCAUUUGGUAAACCAAUCACUACAACAAGUUUUGGUACUGGUGCCACACCAGUCUUUGGCAGUAGUAACACUUCUCUCUUCAGUUCAAAGCCUGCAGGCUCUACAACCGGUGGUUUGUUUGGCAGUACUACGACUCCACCUGCAUUUACGCAACCAUCUUUUGGAGGGUUUGGUACAACAAAUACAAACACCAAUUUAUUUGGCAGUCAACAAAAUGCAAGUACAAAUAUUUUUGGUACAAAUACUGCAACAUCGGCAUUUGGUCAAUCGAAUAAACCAGCAGGAUUUGGUUUUGGCACUACAUCUGGUACAAGUCUAUUUGGACAACCACAACAAUCAACUCAACAAACUACUCCUUUUGGACAAAGCAGUACCACUGGAAAUACAACUUUAUUUGGUACAACUCCUGGUUUUGGCAAUACAAACACCACAACCACUAGUAUGACUGGUACUGUUAUUAAAUUUACCCCUGUGAUCACUACCGAUUCCAUGUCCAAAAACGGUAUAUCUCAUACUAUAUCGGCGAGGCAUUGUUGUAUCGCGUCAAUGAAAGAGUAUGAAACAAAAUCUUACGAAGAGUUACGUUUCGAAGAUUAUUCCGUGGGACGAAAAGGACCCAGUACAGGAAUUUUUGGUACACCAGCACAACCAUUACCUUUUGGCAAUACAGGGGCAGGAACUAGUACCGCGACAACAGGUUUUGGUGGGAUGAGCGGCGGUUUUGGAGCAACCUCACAGUCUGGCUCAAGUGGCAUAUUUGGGAAACCUAUAACUAGUUUUGGUACACCCUCUACAACAACAACGAAUAAUUUUGCUUUUAAUUCUACUCCAAGCACAAAUCUGUUUGGUACUAAUACCCAGAAUAAACCGUUUGGUAUCUUGUCUACAGCAGCAGCUCCAACACCACUUUUUGCAACCAGCAAUACUAACCAAAAUGCUGGUACAGGUUUCGGUGGCAUUAAUACCGGUCAAAACACUGCUUUCGGCUCCGCAUUUGGUCCAACGCAACCGAAUCAGAGUAUUGGUUUAUUUAAUCAGAACAAAUCAGCUUUUAAUGCACCCUCCACCUCGUCGAGUAGUGGAUUCUCCGGCUUCGGUCAAACACCAUCGAGCAAUACGGGUACAGCUUUAUUCGGAGCUAAGACAACGACUGGUUUCGGAGCAACUCCGACUUUUGGUUCAACUACAACGUCGACUUUUGGAACUACAAGUUUCACUGCAGGUCAAAACUCUGGUACUUCGUUGUUUAAUACGCCUUUUAAACCAGCGGGACAAACAUCUGGAUUCUCGUUUGGUUCAACUUCUACACCAUCGUCCGGACUCGGUACAAAUACAGGUUUGAUGUUGGGCAGUGGUUCUACUUUAUUUGGCCAGCAAAAAUCAGGUGGUUUCUUUGGAAAUACUGGUAAUAACUCAACAUUCAACACAUCGGGGUCGUUUGGAUCUUCAACUUUUGGAACCAAUGCAAAUGUAGGAACGGGUAUUGGAACUGGAUUACUCGGAGCUGGAAAUACGAUGAAUCAAACCAAGAGUUCAGGAACGGUGCCAGUGCAUCAACAAAUUUUGGCCUUGGUGUCUGCUCCCUUUGGUGAUUCGCCAUUGUUAAAAAAUCUUUUACCAGCUUCUGGUAAAACGGAAGAGUUACUAAAACCAGCAAAUGCGCCAUCCAAAUUGUUGAAUGGUCCACAGUACAAAGUUACCGCUGAUAACAAAUCUCCGAAAAUCAAGGCCAAGGUUGUUACUCCUGCACAAUUGUCCAAGAAAUCAAUGUUCGAAGGACUCGAAGAGGAAGAUCCACUCUCGGAAGCAUUUCACCCUCGUCCGAAUGCAAAACGUUUAGUGCUACGCCCGAAACCGAUAUUGAAUUCAAUAGUUCCAUCACCUACUGAAAUUUCGCAAAUUGCAGGGAAAAAUUUACAAUCCUCCGGUAAGGGAGAAGAGAGAUCGCCCGUAACAAAUUCGUUCGUCGAAAAUACAACUCUCGAAACUAUAGAUAAAGAAAAUCACAGUCAAGAUAAUAAUCGACAGUUGGCAAACGAUCGAAGAUCGUCUUCACCUUGGUUAAAAACAAGCCAUCCACGAAACGCGACCAUAAAAAAUUUGGACGGAGAAGCAUUUGAGGGUCAGCGUUCGUUGUUUUCUAGCCCGAACGCAUUGUCAGAUGAAAUGUUGAACAAUACCGUUACGGAAUUGCGACCUUACGCUAACACCAGUCUAUCAAAUAAAAUGUGUUCCGAAAUCAAUACAUCUGUAGAUACAUCUUUAAAAAACUCGUCCGUCGGUGAUAAAAUUUGUACGGAUACUGUAAUUCAGAAUUCUGACUCGAGCCAAGAAUUGGACGAAAGUGGAAGUUCCUUUUCAACGUUGCAAACUUCAAAUUGGAAGCCAAACGCAGCUAAAGUAAUAUUGAAACGCGCAGGUUACUAUACAAUUCCACCGCUUGAUAAAUUGGACGAGUACGUUUGUGGUGAAACGUGCAUCGUACGAAAUUUCACUGUUGGCCGCGAAGAUUACGGGAACGUGUAUUUUCCUGAAUCGUUUGAUAUAUAUGGUCUGAAUUUGGACGAAAUAGUACAUUUUCGACACAAAGAAGUCGUCAUUUAUCCGGACGACGAGAAAAAGCCACCUGUUGGAGAAGGAUUAAAUCGUAAAGCACAAGUUACUUUAGAUCAAGUAUGGCCGUAUGACAAGACUCUACACAAGCCUAUUACCGAUCCUCGUCGACUGGCUGCGAUGGAUUAUGAAGAGAAAUUACGAAGAGUAUCGGCGAAACAUGAUACCAGAUUCUUAGAGUACCGACCUGAAACUGGUUCAUGGGUUUUCAAGGUAGAUCAUUUUUCUAAAUAUGGCCUGAGCGAUUCGGACGAAGAGGACAAUAACGUUCCUGCAGGAAGCGACACGAAAAGAUUAAAAUUGUGCGCCGCAACUCAGCAGAAAGGCACAACCAAGCAGGAACAAUCAAAAAUUUCAAACAAAGAUACCUCCACGACCAAUGAUUUAAAAACAGCAAAUACAGAUUAUACCGAUCUCGAUACGCGUGGCCUUCUUUCGGAAGAUCAUGUCUCGCGAAUCGUCUCACGACGGUGGUUUAGACCAGUAGAUCAGAAUCAUGAGAAACAACUACCCUUGAGUCCAACUGGUGAAAAUGCUCGUAUUUUGGGUACUGACAGCCAUAAAUUACAAUUAAUGAAAGCCAGCUUUUUCGACGGUAGCGACGAAGAAAUUAGCGAGGUUUAUGAUCAAGAAUCAAAUUGUGCAUUAUAUCUCGCCGGCCGUAAAAAUUCAUUGCGACAUUUCAUCAACACUGCGCAAAAAUUAGACGAGGAUCAAAACUACGAGCCAAUUUAUAGUCCAAUGUUACGAUCAAAUUUGACGAUUCAUCGUACGCCAACGAUCACUUACGAAGAACCGACACUUACAAAAACAGAUUCCAAGUUGAAUCUUCGUUCGAUGAACAUCGUUGCUAAGACAUCAACGAUAUACGAAAAAGGUUUGCCAGAUCCAUCGAUAACUUCGGUGACUACAAUUCUUCGAUACGUUUCUGAAGUGAUUCCGUUAUCAAAAUCUAUUAUACACAAACUAGAGUCCCGUUCCAUUGCUGACACUGGUAUACAAAUGGGAAGAAUGUUUAAACCAAGCUGGGGACGUGGUUUAACGUUACUGACAUUGAGUACGAAAAAGCAGGCUGACGAUGUGCUGUUGAACAAUUCGUUUGAACAAAUCGGAUCUUACGUAUGUGGUCGUUCUCCAGAAGAUACAACAUCCGUUGCGAUAGUCCAACGUAUACAAAUUUUGGGUAACGGCGGUAACGGAACCGGCGACGAACGCGCCAAAACGUUCAAAGAAAGUGUAGAGGGACAUUUAAAAAUUGAAUUGUCACAUCGUGUGGUAAAUCAAGAAGGAGACUGUUUAAUUUUUGACGUAGAUAAAGAUAUUAAUAAGGCGAGCAUAGCUUUACACGCACAUUGUAGUUUGGCCGAAGAAUUUGCGGAGCAGUUUGCCACAGAUUCUUUUGCUUCGUACGUUGCCAACGUUUGGAAACUCUGCGUAGCUCUUUGGGGAACUUUGCCUGAUGUAAAUGUUGCCGCAGAAAAUCCAGACGAUCAUAGUGUCGUAGUCGCUCGACGAGAGGCAAUUGGAGAAUGGUUAAGAAACGUUAUACGAAAAACGUUCGUGUGGGAGGAUAUGGAUAUCAAUUAUGAAACAAAAUUGUUACUUUUACUAUCUGCUUUCGAAUUAGAAGAGGCAUGUAAAAUUGCGCGAGAAGUGGGUGAUCAUUGCGUGGCCUUGUUGAUGGCGCAACUAUGCAGCGGAAUGCCUAUAAAGGAAUUAAUAAAGGAACAAAUUAAAUUGUGGAAACAUGCCGGCGUUGAUGAAAAUAUUUCACUAGAUCGAUUAAAGCUUUUCGCACUGGUGGCGGGUGAAUCAUUCGUGCAUAGUAAACAUGGUCCAAUCGAUGUUUGCGAAGGUUUCGACUGGAAGAGAACGUUAGCUGUUCAUUUGUGGUAUUUUUCAUCUCCGACUGCCUCGGUAAGAGAUACAUUAGAUCUUUACGAGACCUAUUUUGAUACAAGCAAGACAUCAUAUAUUUAUACAUCAAUACCGAAACCCGAAUACAGAGGGGAUGACUUUGAACUUGAAAUAAAUAAUGGAAAACCAAUAUACGAUCUCUGUUUCCAUCUUUUGAAGUUAUUUUGUACUGGCAAUCAUACAUUGGGAGAAUUAUUGAAUCCAGCAACACAUACCGCUGAUCCGUUGGAUUACAGACUCAGUUGGUUGAUGCAGCAAGUACUUUUGUCUUUGGGUUAUUCUCAUCUUUCGGAACAUGUUGCCAUUUUGACACACGUUAAUUUCGCGACACAAUUAGAGGCGUAUGGUCUUUGGCAUUGGGCCAUAUUCGUAAUGUUACAUCUAAAGGAUGCUGGAAAAAGGAAAACUGCGGUAAUGAAUUUAUUACAACGUCACAUCGAGAUAGACGAUACCGCUGAUUCGAUCGAGCGGGAAAAAUUUUUACGGGAAGAGUUGGGUAUACCCUCUACUUGGAUCGAUCAUGCCAAAGCCGUCAAAAGUUACGUAGCCAAAAGAUAUGGCAAGGAACACAUUGGUCAGCUAAUGACUUCGGUCACCGCGCCUAUCUUAGAUCGUCGAAAUUAUACGACGAAAACGGCUAAUUUAUUGGGUAUCGUCGGCACGGAUGUACCUAUAGAAGAGAUACAAAAGUUGGUACCACCUUACAAGUUGGGUGUUAACGGAUAUUCUUUUAUCGUUGACAAUAACGGCCGUGUCUUGUAUCAUCCGGAUUUACGACCAUUGCCAGGGAACGUAGAUUACGAAGAAACAUUAAAACCCACGUAUAUCAACGUAGAUUUGUCGGAAGUCGAACUCGCCGAGUAUGAUGGACCAUUACAUCCGUUGAACAAUUCCCUUCUUCUCGAUUUGAGGCACGAUAUGAUUGAUCAAAAAGAAGGGGAAACUAAUUUUGCGAUCAAAAUUCAUUAUGACAAUAUGAGACGGGUUACCAUCAGACGUCACAAUUAUUUUUAUAAACCAAUAGAAGGAACGCCGUUUUCGUUGGGGCUGGCAUUGCCCGAAGGUUACGGUAUGUUUGAAUUGUUGGCCGAACAAGAAAUCAAACAUGCGAUAAUAAAUGUAACCGAGUAUUUUAAGGGAAACAAUUGGAAGGUGCAUCCUGACUGGGUGUACUGCGAGUAUAGUUCGGCUUCCGAAAAGUGGUUCCCGUCCCCCGAAGAACGCGUUCUGCAUUUUUUGGCAAGAACGCGAAGUCCGGGGUGGAAGUGGAUGUCCUUGAGACCAAGGAGUCCAAGCUCGCAUCAUAAACAAGCGAGCAAGCCCGACAAAGAUGCUUACUAUUGUGAUAAAAGAUUAGUGCAGUCCCUCGUGUUGGAUGCGUUGGUUACCGACGGUUUCGACAAAAGAGGUGCGAUGCACAAAGAAGAAAAUCAAAGCCCUAUUGCCAUACUGAUGGCUCUACUGCACAGUCAAGGAAAAGGCACAUUCGGUGUAACACGGAGUUUCAUCGCAACUAGAAGUGGCUUAUUUCGUUGGCACGAGCAUCAACAAACCGAAGAAACCAUCAAUGAACCACCAUUUGCUGGCAAGUAUGCGAGAGCUAUGGAUUCCUCGUGGUACAAACGCGCUGUGGAUCAACAUUCGAUAGAACCGGAGAGUUUCGUCUUCAGCGUGCCUUUUGACGCCGCCGACAGCCGAAAUCCAUUGGUCACGGCCACUCACGCAGUUUUCAUCGGGACAGGACACAAAGCACCGGCAGCGGUCGUAGGUUUGCAGUUUCAACAUUCUUCGCUGGCCUCUCGUUUCGUCAAUAUUACUUCGACGUGUAGUGGUACGAAUUGCAAGAAAAAUUGCGCUUCCGAAGCAUUAGAUUGCUACAUCUUGGACAAUAACGGAUUCAUUAUAAUCAGCGAACGUCACGAGCACACUGGAAAAUUCUUUGGCGAAAUCGACGGCACUAUAAUGGAUUCCCUGGUUCAGGAUAGAAUUUAUAGAAAAGUAACAGUGACCGAUUAUCAGGGGACAUGUAGCCCACAAGAAUCUCAUCAAUCGGCCGCGCCGAGAACUUUCUCACAAUCUGUCUCAACAACGAUCGCUAUAUUGGGAAAUUUCCUCUGGAGCAUGGCGUUCGGCUUUAAUUUUCAAAAUUUGUGGCAAGUUGCUUUCGCGUUCGCUGGCGAAUCCGCAAAGCCGCUCGAUGAAGAUUCACUCGGAGAUGUUCACGAGUUUGAAUCAUUCGCGAUACACGGGGACUCGACUGACGAACCAGAAGGAAACGAGGAAGCAUUUCCAAGGCUUCCAGCAGUUGUCGCUGCAACUCCUGCUUCUACCGAGACAACGCGAGCUACAUCUGCUCGCUAUUCGCAGGGAAAGUUAAGAUCUUGCGAGAAGAAGACGGAUCUUUAUAUUCUGCAACCUGACAGAUUGAAUACCAGCGGACAAAGUAAUCCGUUAAAAGGAAAGUUGACCAAUUGUCACGACACUGGUUGCGAAAGGCCUUUCAGCGUACAAAAGAUUCGCCAUACGAAUUUGAUUCUACUGGUAGUGGAUACAUUGUGCCCAUGCGGAAGUAAACAAUUGAGCAUCGAUCCGAUAGAAGCGCUGACAGAGCCUGGUGCUUGUAUCGCGAGGAGAGAACGUUUGUAUCGUCGUAGGCCACCGAAAUGUAUAAACUACCAUCCAGAGGAGAUGGAGAUCAAAUUUUGCGGUAGCGCGUGUCGUCCUUGUAAUUCCUUUUUCACAUUGAUUGUCGCGAUUAUUUCAAGCACACUCGCGACGCGACUCGCGUGACUUUGUCCGAAUUGAUCCUACGCAUGUACACGCACACACAUCCACACACAUGCACGGACCGACAGCCAGACGAAUUGACAGAUGGACAGAUGGACAGACAGACGGAUGAGAUGGACGAACGAACAGACAGAUUACUCAUAAAUUUAACGUUUUCAAAAUGAAUUUAGCGUUGCCGUUUCUAUGAAACAGUUAUGAAAAUGGUGUACUAGUUUAUCGGUUUAAUAUCUAUAUAAUUGACAAAUACGUGCAUACGAAUGAGCGAACGAGUGCGUACAUAUGCGCGUUCACACAUGAGUGAGUGUGCGCGCGCAUACCAGCGUUUGUACGUGAAUGCGUAUGAAAAUAAGAUGAAUAUACAUACAUGUGUAUGUACAUGUACAUGCGUAUAUAUAUAUAUAUAUAUAUAUAUAUAUAUAUAUAUAUAUGUGUACAUAUACGCGUGUGUAUGUGUAUUCGAGACACAUAACGAAGCCACCAAGUUAUAUAUAGUACAUACAUACGUGCACGUAUGCGUGUGAAUAUUAAUUGACACGCAGUCACGUACAUACUUGUAUGAAUAUGCACUCCAUGUGUACGUUACAGUCCAAACACACACGCAUACACACACAUACACACACACGCACGCACGCACACGUGCUCGAGCCUUUAAGGCAUGCGUGCGCGUGCGCCUUACAGAGACAUGUACAUAUCCAAAUACAUAAUAUUAAUGUUGAUCUAUGAUUACAUAUCCCAUUAUAAAUUCUGUUGCGAAGAAUUGUGAAUAUUUCCUAAUCGUAAUAUUUCGUAAUCGUAUUACGUCGAAUCUAAGUCAGAAAAUAUAAACAAAUCGAUAAAAUCGCACACACACAAACACACACACACACACACACACACGCACGCACGCACA